UUCCAUGUUCAGGAACAAACAAACAAACAAACGGAACGAAAACCCCCCGACACGCCCCCAACAGACCGGACGCGGGCGCCCGCCGAUCCUCUGAAGCUUCCGCCUUUUUUCUUUCCAUCCAUCCAACAAUUCCAAUCCGCGCUGUGAUUCUUCCUCCCCUCCCCGCGCCGCCUCCCCUGAUUUCUUUUCUCCCCACCCGCCGGAUUCGGCCCCCUCCCUGCGCUCCUCAGCUGCCAUCCUCCCCCAGCCGAAAUCCGCUGCAGCGGCGGCGGCGGCGGCGCCGAGCCAGGCCAGCUGGUGCUCUGGCUGCGGGCUGAUUGAUUGCCUUCCUGCCGGUAAGGAACCCUAGCUGGUCAGCUCUUCGUCUCCCCCUUUUGCUCCGGCAGUUCGAGCGAUCAAGAACCGAAGCCCUCUCCCCUCUCCGUGCAGGCGGCGGCCGAUUCGUUUGGUCGGGCGGCGCCGUCUUCUCCGCCAAUCAAGAUCGAUCUCGGCUCUGACGGCGACCCCUCGCGAGCUGCUGCCCGGCCGCGGCCGUCGUCGGGGACAUGAAGGCCGCGCCGCUGCCCCGCACGAGAGCGGCGGCUUCUCCGAGGCGGCGCGCGUGGAUACUCGCCGUAUCGGCCAUCGUCUCCGUCGUGGUGGUCUGGGCCUACCACUACCCGCCCCGGCAUUACGCCUCCCCCGUCAGCAACUUGCUCCCGGUGGAGCCCGACAGGGAGCUCACCGACGACGAGAGGGCCUCGCGCGUCGUCUUCGGCCACAUGCUCUCCACACCUCCUGUUCGGUCCAGGGGGUCCAAGAUUGCCUUCAUGUUCCUCACCCCGGGCAACUUGCCGUUUGAAAAACUAUGGGAGAAAUUCUUCGAGGGUCAUGAGGGAAGAUAUACCAUAUAUGUUCACGCCUCGAGGGAGAAGCCAGAACAUGUCAGUCGCUUAUUUAUUGGUCGAGAUAUACACAGUGACAAGGUACAGUGGGGUCAGAUUUCUAUGGUUGAUGCUGAGAGGAGGUUGUUGGCGAAUGCUCUACAAGACAUUGACAACCAGCAUUUUGUGCUGCUUUCUGACAGCUGCGUACCUUUGCACAAUUUUGACUAUGUGUAUGACUACCUGAUGGGAACAAAUCUCAGUUUUAUUGACUUCUUCUAUGAUCCUGGACCACACGGAAAUUUUAGAUAUUCGCAAAAUAUGUUACCUGAGGUUAGAGAGUCUGACUUCAGGAAGGGUUCACAGUGGUUCUCAGUCAAGCGGCAACAUGCAUUGAUGACAAUCGCGGACAGUCUUUACUAUACAAAGUUCAAGCUUUAUUGUAAGCCAGGAAUGGAAGGUGGACGCAAUUGCUAUGCCGAUGAGCAUUAUAUGCCAACACUAUUCAAUAUGAUGGAUCCAAAUGGAAUAGCGAAUUGGUCCGUAACUCAUGUUGACUGGUCAGAAGGAAAGUGGCAUCCAAAAGCUUAUCGGGCGCAAGAUGUCACUCAUGGGCUCCUCAAGAAUAUAACUUCAAUCGACGUGAGCCAUCAUGUUACAAGCGAUAUCAAGAAAGUGGUUACACAGAACCCUUGCUUAUGGAAUGGAGUGAAGAAACCAUGCUACCUGUUCGCAAGGAAGUUCUACCCUGAGUCCAUGAACAACCUCAUAAACAUGUGUACAUUUGGAAGGACAUUAGAUCUAUUGACAAGUUGGUGGAUAUAGAAGAAAAUACGGAGGAGAAGGCAUUCGCUGCAGUAAUCGAGUGGUUCCCAAUCCCAUCUCCAUCUCAGGCCAUUUUAACUCGCUCCAGGACAUCACAUAUUUAGGACGACCAUGUCUUUUUACUAGUUUCUUAACAGAUUUUGUCACUGAUUCAGUGAUGUAUAGUAAGAUUACUGUAACUCGGAAAAGCCAUUAGAUGAUGUCCAUUAUUGGUUACACUAAUACCACUGAGUCUGCUCAAAGCUCCGUCGAAUCAUUUCGCUUGUUCAAGUGGCUGUCAUGUUUUUGCAUUUCA